AUGAUGGCCCCCCCGGAAAAAAGACCGGCAGCGCUGGCUUCUCAUUCGCCGCGGGCCAGCACUAGCAAAUGGAAAUCACUAGAACAAGACCCUCCAAAAUUUCUCCCGCUUCCGCUUCCGCAGCUCGUCGACCACAUUCAACCCCCGGGCACCCAUCUCCUGCUUUUUCUGCACCUCUUCGCCCCUUCGCUCAACUCCCUCUCCCUCUCCCUCUCUCUCCGCAUCCUCUUCCAAACCGUGCGCCCCUCUCCUCGUUCAAGCCUCGGGACGGUGCACCUGGAUGCGCGUGCCACUCUCACAAUGAACGCUUUCCGCAAUACCGUCAGGAGCGCCCCAGCCGGCGCUCUCGCAAGGGCACCCGCGCUCCAGCUCGGCGCAAACUCCAGAUUAUCCCAGGCCCACCGGCGGUUACUAUCAGACAGGCGUCUCGCCCUCGGCGCCGAUGCUGCCAGGUCCUCCCAACCCUCCAUCUCUCUCGCCUCGUCCACGACCCAGCCCUUCCUCCGAUCUCAGUUCCUCCCCGAGUCUCUCCCGCUCCGGGCGUCAUGGGUCCAAUCGCGUUCCUUUCAUAUAACCGGCGUCAAGCCGCAACAAGCCGAGGACAAGACGAAGCCGGCGCCCAAGCCAGAGACCGAGCCCGCCAAGAGCGACGAGUCUGCCGAUGACGCCGCAAAGGCCAAGUCCGAGUCUGCUGCCGAGGACCAGGCCGAGCAAAAGGAGAAGAAGGACGACGAGAGCGCCGAGGAGGGCGACAAGAAGAAGGAAGAGAAGAAGGAGGACCUCCCUCCUCCCCCUCCCCACGGCGACAAGACCCCCUGGCAGGUCUUCAUGGAGACCAUGCAGACCGAGUUCAAGCAGUCGAAGGAGUGGAACGAGUCCACCAAGGCCCUCUCUGCCGGUGCCCAGCAGUUCACCGAGAGCGAAUCCGUCCAGCGGGCCCGCAAAGCCUACGAGGCGACCUCGGGCGCCGUCUCGUCGACGGCAUCGACCGUCCUCAAGGGCACGGCCAGCGCCGUAGGCAAGGGCGCCGCCUGGACCUGGGAGACCCCCGUGAUGAAGGGUGUCCGCAAGGGCGCCAACAUCACCGGCGACGCCCUCGACAAGGCCACCAAGCCCAUCCGGGAGACCGAGGCUUACAAGAACGUCAAGGAUGUGAUUGACGACGGGAGCAGCUCCCGGUAUGGAGGAUGGGUCGAGAAGGAAGAGCGCAGGAAACGGAGGGAGGCCCGCGAGAAGCUCGAGGGCAAGCAGCAGGUGUUUGAGGAGGACCCCGACGCGGGCACCAAUGUGACCCUUCACAAGGACGCCGCCUGGAAGGAGGCCUGGAGGGAUUUCCGCGAUUCCAACAAGUUCGUGCAGGGCGUCUUCAGCAUGAAGAACGUGUACAACGAGUCCGAGAACCCCCUCAUCUCCACCGCCCGUAGCAUCACCGACCGUGUUGCCGGCUUCUUCGCCGAGAACGAGACCGCCAUGGUCAUCAAGAAGAUGCGCACUCUUGACCCUUCCUUCCAGGUCGAGGGCUUCCUGCGAGAGCUGCGCGAGUACAUCCUGCCCGAGGUUCUCGACGCCUACGUCAAGGGCGACACCGAGACGCUCAAGCUGUGGCUGUCGGAGGCGCAGUACUCGGUCUACGAGGCCCUCACCAAGCAGUACCUGCAGGCCGGCAUGAAGUCGGACGGCCGCAUCCUCGACAUCCGGCACGUCGACAUCCUCAAGGCGCGCAUGCUCGAGCCCGGCGAGAUCCCCGUCUUCAUCAUCACCUGCCGCACCCAGGAGGUGCACGUCUACCGCAACGCCAAGACGAACCAGCUGGCCGCCGGCAUGGAGGACAAGGUCCAGCUCGUGACCUACGCCAUCGGCAUCACCCGCAUGCCCGACGACGUCAACAACCCCGAGACCAGGGGUUGGCGCCUGAUCGAGAUGCAGAAGAGCGGCAGGGACUACAUUUAA